AUGGCUGCGAGUGCCAACCCGUCAUCAGGCGGCCAUAGCAACGCCUGCAACGGCAGUACUAAUGGCGGGAAGAGUAACGGCGGCGGUAGAGAGAAUGGGAAUGGCGCCGGCGGCGUCUCAGCGGACAACCCCGUGGCGGGACCCACACAGGUGGCUCUCCGCCACAAUCCCGGCCUGUCGCUAGAUUGGACGCACGAGGAGCAGUCUACACUCGAGGAUUUGCUGGCAAAGUAUGCCUCAGAAUCCACUGUUGUUCGUUAUGCUAAAAUUGCUCAGGCGUUGAGUGAUAAAACUGUUCGAGAUGUUGCACUACGUUGCAGAUGGAUGAGUAAAAAGGAGAAUGGAAAGCGGAGGAAAGAUGAGAACAGUUCAAGGAAGAACAAAGACAAAAAGGAAAAAGUUACAGACCCAAAAUCUUCUCAAGUUGCAAACCGCUCCAAUGGCCAUCCCUAUGCUCAGUCAAUGAUGUCAGCAGACAGCGAUGAUGGAAUCUCAUUUAAAGCUAUUGGUGGAGCUGCUGGGCAGCUUCUUGAGCAAAAUGCUCAGGCGUUGGACCAAAUUUCCGCCAAUUUUUCUGCCUGCAAGAUUCAUGAGAAUAUCAAUCUUUUCUGUCAAGCUCGGAAUAAUAUUGUUUCACUCUUAAAUGACUUAAGUGACAUGCCGGAAAUAAUGAAGCAGAUGCCACCUCUUCCCGUGAAGCUGAACGAAGACCUUGCAAACUCCAUUCUUCCUCGUACAUUCAUGCCGAAGAAACCUUGA